AUGGCUGCCGCCAUAAUAUACAGUAUAGAAUUCACAGAGAAUGUGAUGAAGUUAAAGGAGUCAAUUGAUGAAAAUAUUGGAAUGUUAUUCAAAGCGCCAUCAAAAUUAACUCUAUCGAGUCUGUCUACUUUACACAAGUCCAACUUGGGCGAACUAGAUCAAGCAUCAGUCCGGGACGCAUUAAUCUGGGGCAACCUUGCUCUUCUCCAAGUCCAAGCCCUAAUCGUAGGCGCAGUUGCGGGUUUCUUCUCCUUCAGUGAAGAAUUGGUUUUUCACCCUCACUCUAAUACGUAUUCUGAAAGUAUGCUGGUUAUUGUAGCGAGCAUGGUGUGUGCUACGUUGAGUAGCAUGAUACUGGGAACAUUUAUGUGUGCUUUGAUUAUUGUGUCGAGGAAAUUUAGAAUUAAUCCCGAUAAUAUUGCAUGUCCUAUGGCAUCAGCACUGGGAGAUUUACUUACUCUAGUUAUAUUGGCUGUCUGCAGUGACUUUCUACAAAAGUAUAUGUUUACUUGGUUGAGCACUUGGAUGUUCGUAAUUCUUGCAUUCAGUAUCCCGCUGUGGGCCCGUCUUGUAUGGACUAAUAAAUACGUACAAGAUUUACUAGUUAGUGGAUGGGUUCCAUUGUUUGUAGCAAUGAUAAUUGCAAGCAUUGCAGGCCUAGUUCUGGAAAGAUAUAUCAAAAAGUACCAAGGCCUAGCCGUGCUAACGCCUGUAUUGAAUGGGCUAGCCGGCAACCUAGGCUCGAUUUACGCCUCACGAAUAUCAACCCGCUUACAUAGCGGUACUGAAGAGGAUUACAAGUCCUCAGAGAAAACGUUGUUCCUUAUUCAUAUACCCAUCGAAAUCCUAUUUCUCUUAUUUGCAUGGUGGUUGGAUCUCGGACAUUUACCGUUAGGAUUCUGCAUAAUAUACUUUCUGGAUUCAAUUGUUUGUGUAUUAUUUACCCUCAUUCUGACAAAGAAUUUGACACUAUGGUUAUGGAAACACAAAUAUGAUCCCGAUAAUUAUUCUAUGCCGUACAUAACGGCGAUAGUAGACGUGGUUGGUACUGGGUUGUUAGUUCUAUCAUAUUCGGCAUUAGGUAUGCUCAAUGAAAAGAUUGAAAAACAUCACUAG